AGAAAAAACUAAUGGCACUCGUGGGGUAUCCAAGAAUGGUUAAGGAUGAAAGGGCAAAAUAGUCCCAUCAAUCUUUGGCCGAAAUAGUACGUAAAGUCUCACUUCGCCAGGGUUUCAAAACUCACUGCAUCUGAAGGAAUCAGCACCUCUGUUUUCUCCGUUGGGUUUUGCAGUUUCUGAUUGAGCCACGAUUCCUCCAGUCUCGAUUAAUCGCCAACAUCAGCUGAGUCAAUCGGCUCCAUCCACAUUACAUUCCAGACAAAUCUGUACAUUUACGCAGCAAAGCCACUUAAUUGCAAGUACGAAGGGCAGAGCAGUAGAUUUAGAAGAGGGACGAUGGAUUUGGACCAGUGGAUAACGAAGGUUAAAGAGGGACAGCAUCUGGCUGAGGACGAGCUUCAGCUCCUCUGUGAAUACGUUAAGGAUAUCCUGAUUGAGGAAUCAAAUGUGCAGCCUGUUAAUAGUCCAGUUACCGUCUGUGGGGACAUACAUGGCCAAUUUCAUGAUUUAAUGAAACUCUUCCACACUGGAGGUCACGUGCCAGAGACAAAUUACAUCUUUAUGGGAGAUUUUGUUGAUCGUGGAUACAAUAGUCUUGAAGUUUUCACGAUUUUGUUGCUCCUUAAAGCAAGAUAUCCUGCCAACAUUACUCUUUUACGCGGGAAUCACGAGAGCAGGCAACUAACUCAGGUUUAUGGAUUCUACGAUGAAUGCCAAAGGAAGUAUGGAAAUGCGAAUGCUUGGCGGUAUUGCACUGAUGUAUUUGACUAUCUCACUCUCUCGGCAAUUAUAGAUGGAACAGUACUAUGUGUCCAUGGUGGCCUUUCUCCUGAUGUUAGAACUAUUGAUCAGAUCAGGGUCAUUGAACGCAAUUGUGAAAUUCCUCACGAAGGGCCUUUUUGCGAUCUUAUGUGGAGUGACCCUGAAGAUAUUGAAACAUGGGCAGUGAGUCCUCGAGGAGCAGGUUGGCUGUUUGGAUCCAGAGUUACCACUGAGUUUAAUCACAUCAAUAAGUUAGAUCUGGUUUGCCGGGCUCAUCAACUUGUCCAGGAAGGUCUGAAGUACAUGUUCCAGGAUAAAGGCCUCGUUACAGUUUGGUCUGCUCCCAACUACUGUUACCGCUGUGGAAAUGUUGCUUCAAUAUUGAGCUUCAAUGAGAAUAUGGAGAGAGAGGUGAAGUUCUUCACUGAAACUGAAGAAAACAACCAGAUGAGAGGACCCAGGACAGGAGUACCUUAUUUCUUAUGAUGAGGGGGUACUUGCCUUCUUGAUUGAUAUUAUUUCUGCACUCGGUGCUGUUCCUUAUCAGAGGGAAAUUUAAGCGGUAACUGUCUACUUGGAGGGAACCUAAUUGCUGUGUGGAUUGCUGCUCUCACGCGAUGACGAUACACAUCCUAGCUUGCUGGGUUGAUCCUGCUUUUGAAUAGUUUGUGCUAUGUAUCUAGGAUGGCCUUUAAUGUUCCCCCUGUUCCAUAGUUAUUCUUACCUGUGUUAUAUAUUGAAUUCUACCUCAAAUCAGAUUACAAGAUCUUAGAUUUCUUUUUGCAAUGCUAGAGAACGCCUUUUCUUUUACUGUCAGUCUUAAGCUGAAUGGGUCCAUUUACACGCAAAAGGUUAAAGCAUUAGGAGUUAAUGCACUUUAGGGCUAAUAAAGCUGAUGUUUUAUCAAGUUGUGAAGCAUGGUAGGUGCAGCAGCUAAGGAUUUCAAGAACCAAGAGAUAGAUUGGCCUUUGAUUUGCUUCCCAGAGGGGACUUAGUUUUUUACACGAGAUAAUUUUAACAGCUUGUAGCUUCAGUGUACCAAAUUCCUUGUAGUUGCUGUUUGUGCAGCAAAAUUUCACUU